UCGAGCGAUAGCAGUCCGAGCUCAGGGACUAAGCAGGUGCUUGUGCAGUGGGCUGAUCCUCCGCGUCUCCAAGCUCAUGUCCUGGGGGAGAAGGUGGACUGUGCUUCUCUGACGGACUCUUGUGUACCCCCCCCGCCGGUGGAGCGGAGACCAUGGCCUCUCCUCAGGGCUCCCGGGCUCCGCUGGAAUUCGGGGGACCCCUGGGCGCGGCGGUGCUGAUGCUGCUGCUUCCUGCCACCAUGUUCCACCUGCUCCUGGUGGCCCGCUCGGGCCCCGCGCGCCUCCUGAGCCCACCCCCCUACCUGCCGGGACCCGAAAUGCUGUGGAGCCCGCAGAUACUUCUGCUGUGGUUCACCUGGCUCGGCCUUCAGGCGGCUCUCUACCUAUUGCCGGCGGGCAAGGUGGCCGAGGGACAGGAAUUGAAGGACAAGAGUCGCCUGCGCUACCCCAUUAACGGCUUCCAGGCCCUGGUGCUGACAGCCCUGUUGGUGGGCUUGGCUGUGUCUGCCGGGCUGCCUCUGGGGGAGCUCCCGGAAAUGCUCCUGCCCUUGGCCUUUGCGGCCACCCUCACCGCCUUCAUCUUCAGCCUCCUUCUCUAUCUGAAGGCCCUGGUGGCCCCUGCCUCGGCCCUGGCCCCUGGAGGGAACUCAGGCAAUCCCAUCUACGACUUCUUCCUGGGACGGGAGCUCAACCCGCGCAUCUGGUCCUUCGACUUCAAAUAUUUCUGUGAACUGCGACCUGGCCUCAUCGGCUGGGUCCUCAUCAACCUGGCCCUGCUGAUGCAGGAAGCAGAACUUCGGGGGAGUCCCUCCCUGGCCAUGUGGCUGGUCAAUGGCUUCCAGCUACUCUAUGUGGGUGAUGCUCUCUGGCAUGAGGAGGCUGUUCUCACCACCAUGGACAUCACACACGACGGGUUUGGCUUCAUGCUGGCCUUUGGGGACCUGGCCUGGGUACCCUUCACUUACAGCCUGCAGGCCCAGUUCCUGCUCCAUCACCCGCAGCCCCUGGGGUUGCCCAUGGCCUCAGUCAUCUGCCUCAUCAAUGCUGUUGGUUACUACAUCUUCCGGGGGGCCAAUUCCCAGAAGAGCACCUUCCGAAAGAAUCCUUCUGACCCCAGAGUGGCUGGCCUUGAGACCAUCCCCACAGCCACGGGGCGGCAGCUGCUGGUGUCUGGGUGGUGGGGUAUGGUCCGCCAUCCCAACUACCUUGGAGACCUCAUCAUGGCUCUGGCCUGGUCCUUGCCCUGUGGAGUGUCUCACCUGCUGCCCUACUUCUACCUCCUCUACUUCACGGCCCUGCUGGUGCACCGGGAGGCCCGGGACGAGCAGCAGUGCCUGCGGAAGUACGGCCUGGCCUGGCACGAGUACUGCCGGCGCGUGCCUUACCGAAUCCUGCCCUACGUCUACUGAAGCGGCUCCACUCAGCCCAGACGGGGGCAGGUGCCCACCCAUCCGGCAGCGCGGCCGCCUGGGAGCCUGGGCCCCACCCUGCUCUGAGCUCCAGCAAGCAGGGACCAACAGCCUCAGGGAGGUGCUCUGGAGCAAGGAGAGGUGCAGCCAGUGCCCACAAAUGGGAGUGGAGGGGCUCGCUCUUCCUCCUGGAUAAACAUCUGGAACCCAUGGUACCACUUCCCUCCCUUUCUGGGGCUAGGGUGUUUAAAAACUGGUUGGGUCAGCUCUGGCCCAGGACAAGCUGAGAGGUGGCUUGUGGGCCCGAGAGUCUGGGG